AAACAGAGAAGUUAAGCUUGCAACAUGCACCUCAUAAUCGUGUCGGAACGAUAACAUGUUUGGAUCGCUUUUAGCUGAUGAGUCAAUUAAGUGAUGGAUAAGAGAAUGGCACACACAGAAAAAGAUCUGAUUAACGUAAGACAUUGUGAUUCCUUGUGUCAAUCAGUGAGGAUGGAACCGAAGUAUCAUCAUUAAAAGAUAUUUAUUUCUGUUGUAAAAACCUGGAGUUUUAUCUAUAAAACAUUUUCAAGUUAUGAAGCCAAUAUCAAGACAACCUGGUCUGAAUGUGAUCAAAGAGGGAUUAUCGGAAAAUUCAGAUUACGUUGCUGACCACGAUGACGAAAGGCCUGUACCCCCGGGAUCACCCUCGGAUCUUGUGCGACUGCGCGCCACUGCCUCGAGGUUACGCCUUCAGACCAAACGACAGAGCUACAUCAACUGGAAAACUAAUCACUAUGACAAUUUUUUCAAACAAAGGAAUAGAAAAGCUGUUUUAUAUGAGAAUUCGUUGAAUAACUGGACAGAUGACAGUCGCAAUAAGCGCCCAUUGAAAAAAACAUCCCCUGUUGGUCAAGUGGUUUGUGAUGGAAGAACUGUGUCCAUUGAUCAGGCUUUGAACUGGAUUCGACAUGAGCUGCAUGCCAUGAGACUUGUGGAUCAAGCCCUCGCCAGGCAGCUCCUUUCUCUGCGCCAUGAGAUUCAGGAAAUCCGGUUAAGGUGGAGUUGUGAGGAUCACAAAAACCUAGUGGAGGACAUGCAGAUAGAACUGGAGGAGCUUCAAUUCCUAGGGGAGAUAACUGACAUUCCUGUCCACCUUCUGGAAUUCCACAACCCUCUCAAACACUGGGGGGUCACUAAACUCAAUCUUCACAAUAAGCGAUUCUCUACUUGUUGAAUAAAAAAAUGUAUAUUUUGAUAAACGUUUAUGAAAAUUGUUAUUAUAUCACAUCGCUACAUUAUAGAUUUAACCUCAGCGAACUGACACGGCUGUAUCAUUUGUCCCAAAUCCUCUGUGAUGGAAGUGUUGUUGUUUUCGUAAAGGUGGUGUUGAGGUUGGAGAUAAGGAUGUUUGAAUAUAGAAAACACUUUCCCAUGCGUGUACCACACACUUUGGAUAUUAUUUAGGGCAGUAGUUCGACAGCAGCAGUAUUGACCCAUUUCCACUGGUAGGGUAGGGUGGUUACUUCUCACACAUGUACAUGUAUAUAUGUAUAUGCAAUAUUUCCGUCUAUUCGCUUUCGGAAAUCGGAAGACAAUUUAUUUUUGUAUUAUUUUAAUGUAGUUUUCACUACCUUAGCUUAAAGUGAAAUUAAAACAAUGUUUUCAUAUAUCUAGACCACAUUUCGAUUAAUUUGAAAUCCUAAUCUAUGACAUACAUAAUUAAAAAUCAAACCGAUAUAUGCGUAAAUUCCAUCAUCAUGUACUUUCAUUAAGGAAAUAAAUAAGAUGUGCUCCCCUAUCUAGAAUGCCCAUACUUCACAUUAAUAAUAACACGGUUGUUUGUUUUUUCUAACUUGAUAAAUACUUUAUUACACCAUGUAUUAUUUACUAAAUGUGUAUGUAACAGCUUUUUGUCUUCGUAUCUCUGUAUACCAUUGCACAAUGGAUAUGAGAUCCAAUAAAUUGAAUUGUAAAGGUUC